AAAACCCUGAUGCAAUUACAAUACUUUAUUAUUAUCACAGUUGAUGUUCAUGCUGUGAUUGGGAAGCCAUCCCCAACUGGGAGCUGGUUCCAGGUUUUGUUGGCGGCCCAACAAGAUGACGCUGUUCCCAUUCGUCGGCAAUACAAACAGUUGUUGGAAUAUGACACGGAAAACCCAGUGGCCCUUGCAACAGCAGCAAAAUCCCCGGAAACGAGAGAAAAAUACAGCGGGGAAUUGGACGACGCCGGGAAACCCGUGAUAAUCAGCCACAACUACAAAGAACAUCACCUGAGUGCCAAAGACCGCCAGCAGAUAUUUGAGGCGCCGUUUCAUCUCCUGAACGCGGAUAAGGGCGAGGUCACGUAUUAUCAAAUUGCGUCGCCGUUUCGCCGCCACGACUUCCGCCUCCCAAAGGACCCGCUCAUCCUGGCCUCGAAAUCUUGAUUUAAUUUCCAAUUGUGCGUAUGAUUGUGCCAUUCCCAUUAGAAAUUGUUUAUGCAUUGCUGCUCAAAAAUGGCUGGUUCAUGCCUCAUCGACGCCAUGUGAUUUAUUUCUUUUGUCAUCACACUCUGUGUUGGAUGAUGGUUGAAAUGAGUUUUUUUUUAUUUUUUUAUAUAUGAUCAUGAAAAUAACCCUUUGGUACAUGAUAUCAUAGCUCUUUUGACUAAGUCACGGUUAAAUUGUCAAUGAUGUCUGAGCAAUGCAAUUUCUGCAGCAUAAAUACAUUAGUUAAUGCAUUGCCAGAGCACCACGUUUUCUUAUGCCUAUGCAUUCCAUUUACUGAAAUGAGCUUCAAAAAGAUCUGGGACUCUUGUAAUUAAAUGAAAAGACUCCCAAAUCUUAGAGGACCAAGGUGAACUAUGAAAUUUAUAUGAUUUCUCCUCAAAAGAUGUUCUCCAAAUUGUUUAAUCAAUAUAACUAAAACUUAUUUGGGAGCCAGACUGAACACCUUGUGCUUUAAUUUGUGUUCAGUAAUUGCCUCAUGUAGAAAUUUUUUUAUUACUAAUAUUUUCUUUUUGUAAUUGGGAAGGGAAGAAAGUGUAAGCAUUUAGAACAGUUGUGCAAUUGGGCUUUUUGGGAUGUAUUUUCUUUUAUUUUGAUAUUCAUAUGCAGCUUAUUUCUCUGUUCACCAUCCUGAUUUGAUGGACUGUGUUGAAAUGAAUGUGGAUGGGGAAGGGGUUUGGAUGUGGGAACGUUGCUUGAACCUUAUGAAUGAUGAAAUGCUGUGGA